AGAGCCAACUACGCUUCAAAAGAAUAAUACUAAUUUUUAUUCUCGCGCCCCAGCAGAAGAAAGAAGGACAUACACACACCCGCCCACAUACAUAUACGCAUAUACACACGCAUAUACACAUUAAGAUAUAUACAUAUAUACGUACGGGUUCCGUUAUCUUUCUUUCCUUUUUUUCUCUUUCGUCAGUUUUUUUUUUUGUUAAGCACGCGCUUCUUGCUGUUGCGACCGUUUACUUCUCCCUCGUCAACGUACGUCAUUCCUUUUGCGCCUUCUCUCUUUCCCCGUCUCCUACGUGAACCUCCCGCCUGCGCAACGCGGCUCAACGCUGCUGGCUUUCCUGAUUCAUUCAUUCAUUUACUUUCUUUAUGUAACCGCAAAACAAACAAACCAAACAAACAAACACGCGCGAAAGCCAGAAGUGAAAGGACGAUGUUUUCCCCCGACCGCAGCAGCCACAACGGGGAGGAGAGGGAGUCCGGCACGAACUACGCGGAGCCGGCCGUGGGGGACCCCCUCGACGCCGCGCCGCCGCCGCCGCACCGCACCGAGGACGGCAGCACUAUCUUGCCGAACGGCACCAUUGUCCACCCAGCCGCCGAGAGGCUCUUCGCGGGCUGCCCGUGGGUGCGGAACAUCCCCGUGGUUGGCGGGGCCGUCGAGGGCUACGGGCCGGCCUUUGUGCUGGCGCUGUGCAUGGCCUACUUCCUGUGCAAGGGCAUCGCGGAUCAGAUUAUCGGCUUCUCCCGCCAGCCGAUGAUGACGAAACGCUUCGGCAUCGACGGAGACCGCUACCAGCGCCUGGCCAGCCUGUACAGCAUGGGCUGGGCCAUCAAGGCCUUCAUUGCGAUGAUGACAGACACCUUCGCCUUCCUCGGCUACACGAAGCGCUGGUACAUGGUGAUCUCCUGCAUCGGCGGCGCGGCGUUCGCCCUUGGCUACGGCCUCCUGCCCGCGAAGGAGUCGUCCGCGAACAUCGCGGCGGGGUUUAUCUUCCUCACCUGCCUCGGUAAGUCGAACGUGGACAUCCUGUCGGAGGGCCACUACAGCCGCCUGAUCCGCCGCAACCCGGUGCCGGGGCCGUCGCUGGUGAGCUGUCUGUGGGUGUGCAUCCUCACCGGCACCCUCAUCGCCUCCGUCAUCCAGGGUCCGUUGUCCGACGGUGGCAAGACCCAAAUUGGCGUGUUCGUCUCCGCGGUGCUGCAGUUCGUUACGGCGAUCUUCUUCAUCUUCAACAUGUACGGCGAGCGGCCGAACGUGGUGGAGCGGCUGCAAGACCUGCGCUACGCGAAGGCGGCGCUCGCGAAGGCGCAGGCGGAGGCGCGGCAGGCCGACGGCUCCACCUCGGACGUUGGGGAUGAGCUGCUCGAGAAGCCGGUCAAGAAGGACCUCCACCCUGAAAAUGACGGCGCCAUCUACGACGAGGUCCAACUCGGUGAUCCCAGCCUGGUCGGUUUGCAGGACGUCUACGGCGUGCCCAACGGUGACAGCAACAACAGUGAGAAGGGCGGCACGAGCCCCAACAUGGUCGUCGCCGCUAUGGACGAAAUUGACGAAGAGGAGCAGCUGGCAAUUCGCACCUGCCUCUUCGGGGCCUUUGAAAUCAACAAGGAGGUGGUCUCUCGCAACUGGAAGGUCGUCGUGUACUGCGUGAUCAUGACGGUCAGUGUGGUGACGAUGGUGUGUGUGACUAUCCUCGGCACGACCUACGACCUCAUGUAUGCCUGCAUCGUGCUGUCGGUGGUGUGCAUCGUGUGCGCCUUCCUGACGCUGCCGCGCGUGAUUGCCAAGGCGAACGUGUUCACCUAUAUGUACUUCACCCUGUACAUCCAACUCCCCGGUGCGCUGGAUGCCUUCUACGUGGCGGACGAGGAGUGCCUGCCGGGCGGCCCUCACUUCACCUACACCUUCUACAACACCGUUGGCGCGGUGAUCCAGAACAUUGGAGGCAUGAUCGGCGUCACCUUGUUCACCUACGUCUUCUCCAAGCAGAACUACCAGGUGACCAUGUGCGUGAGUGUGUCAUUGAUGAUCAUCGCUUCCGUCUUUGACAUCGUCAUCGUCGAGCGGUGGAACCUGUACAUCGGCAUCCCCGACCACGCCAUGUACAUCUGCGGGGACGCCGUCGUGUACCAGGUCUGCUACAUGUUCUCCUACAUGCCGGUGGUGCUGCUCAUGUCUCGCCUGUGCCCGCGCGGGUCGGAGAGCAUGGUGUACGCGCUGAUGGCCGGCUUUGCCAACCUCGGCCAGACCAUGUCGAACGCGAUCGGCUCGCUGCUCGUUGAGUUCCGCUUCCCUUUCAAGUCGAAGGUGCCGUGCGACUUCCACAACGUGCGUUGGCUCAUCAUCAUCGGCCACCUCCUCAUGCCUCUCGCCAUUGUGCCGCUAUCGUUUUUGCUGCUGCCGCGUGUUCGCAUCUGCGACGACAUCGACGUCAACGGGCAUGCGAUUCAUGCCCAGCUGAGGUCCGAGAAGAAGCGCGCCGAGGAGGAGGCGGCGGCGGAGGCGGAGCGUCAACAGAAUGCGGGCAACGAUGGCGCUGCCCUAUACGAUGAGCUGGGCACUGUGAAUGAGCCGUGCGUGGAGACGGCCGGUAAGUGA